CCAUCUUGUCUUUCGUUUUGAGGUGUAGCAGCGAACCAGUUGGUCUGUUGUGUUGACGCCACCUUUUGUCCAGUUGUAGUCCAAAAUGAAGGCGUUUUCUCUACCGUUGUGUUGGCAACAUCCGGUUGAUCAUGAGGUGUUCAAACUACUACCUUGCCUUUAGGUAAUAAGAAGCCUGAAUCCCAUGAUAAUCAAAGGCAAAGAGUGUAGUAUUUGCAAAGUAGUCGGAUACAGAGGGCGUGUAUACAAUUCCAACGUAUGGUGCGUUUUGUGGUGGUGGUGAGUUACACAGACGUGAGUGGCUCCAUAGGGAACUCAGAGACAAACAUCUUGUUUCCAAAGUCAUAAAGUGGUGUCCAGUUCCCGCACAUGCUUUUCUGCCCGGGAACCGUGGUUAUAAAGCUGCGACAAAACAUGCCUUUGGGACAAAUAAUACAACUUUUUAACUUCAAGACGCUUUUCUUUGAGUUUACUUUUUUUCCCAGGAAGGUGGGGGACGAAUUCCUCUCACUUCAUAACUAUGGCACCUGGGUUGUGUGAGUGCAACAGCGACAGACUACAGAACUAUGUUGUUCUCAGAAAAAUGUCUAAUCAUGAAGAGUCACAGCUGAGAUGCUUCUUUUGAUUAGUGCCUUUACUCAGAUGCUAGUAGAGGAGUGACUGAGCUUUGUCCUCCGAUUGAAAAAACAAAUAAGCAAACAAAACCCCAGACCGGUUAUGUACAGUGUUAAAGGUAUCAGAGGUCAGUGACCGGAAACGUCUGUUUUUGUUCAAAGUACAUGACGAGACCUCACGCCUUCCUGCUGUUUUCAAAGGAAGGGAGAAAUGUGGAAUUUUGCAUUUAGGUGAACCCGGAGAAGCAAUUAAAAAGUUUAUAUCGUCGAUUUAUUAGGUAAAAGCAAGAUAGUGGACAUAAGCAAAAUGAUUUUUAGAUGUCUUUAAGAAGGGAAAGAUGAUUGUUGUUUUUUGAAGCAUUUAAGAAAGGAAAAAGCAGGGACAGUGUAAACUGCAUCAGUGUUGUAUUAUUUUUCUAAUAUAAAAUUUGAUAAAUGAAAUUUAUGUACAGGUUCACCUACAGAGGGUAGUUAGCAAGUGAUCAUGCAACUCGAUGCAGAAAACAACCACAGAAGUCGCCCCUUAAUUCCACCAUCCUUCUUAAAAAUCUUGUACCAGUAAAACAUCAAAAUGCUUCCUUUUGAAGUGUUUAAAGACAAAAGUUAUCCCAAAAAAGUCUCUAAAAAACAAAAUAUUUACUGGAGGAUGGUUUCGUUAUUAACAAUAGAAUAAAUAUAAUGAAAGAAAAGCUUUAAAUGAGCCAGCAAAAAUGUGAAAAAAAGAGAAAAAAAACCAAGCUGAAGCCCAGUAAAAAAACCUAAGAAAACCAGCAUGAUAUUUUUCAUCAUUUUCAUAAAACAAACUGUGCUUGGGUGCUUCUUCCAACUGUCUCACCCGCCUCUUCCCCCCCGUGACGGUUACUGUCUCCCUUCCCAUCUCCCCGCUCAUUUAGCGAUGUCUGACAUUUGUGCCAUGUACUCCCAUGACAUCUCUACAAACUGAGUGAUACUACGACCUGUGAUGGGGAAAUAGUUAACACAUUGCAACAUGUUUUUGUCUCGUCAGGAACACUUUAGCCAUUUUCGCUACGACUUGGAGACUUUAGGGAGAGUUCACUCUCGUCAAAGGCGAGUUGCGUUGGAUAACUUUAUUUCGCGUCGUAGAAUUUGUAACUCUCAGCCUCUGAAAACACCUAAAUUUAUUUCUUUCAUGCUUUAAUAAUGUUCAGCGUUCAUCGCAGACCCUCCCAGAGGUAAUUAACUUCAAGUGAAAAUAAGUUGAAAAGGCGUGAUGGUAACCUGACAUCCCUGCUCCACUGGGCGGUCCCACCUUAUCGCGCAAUUAGUCCUUGCACUGCUUUAAGAAGUCAUUGCCAGUCGUGGCAGCUUGACCCCGAAACAAAAAUUAGAUUGUAUACACGAAUAUUCUGCUACGGAAGAAACUUUGAUCGUCGGCUCAAAAUGUCACUGGAGAUCCAAAACUCCCCUGAACCAAGUUUCCACGAUAGUAUACUGGAGAUGGAAAGUCCAGGGUCUUCCUACGAGGAGGAGUGCAGCUGUGAGACCUGCAAUAACACUGAGGGCUCAGACUUAGAAGAGGAUGAUGACGAGAACAAAGAGGAAUGCAACUUUACGCAGAUCAAGAAUUUGGCUCAUGAAAAGGCUAAGGCUGAAGAAAUCAUCCAGAUGACUUCAUCACAACAGCUUCUGUCCAGUUCUUUGUCUCAGUCUGGCCUUGACACUCUGGUUUUUAACCCAGCAAGAAACAACUCCCAUAGAAAGUAUCGUCAGUGCUCUUUCUGCAAAAUUCAUGGAUUUGCCAUCAGUGUCAAAGGACACAAGUCAUACUGUCGUUUCCGUGAGGGAUGCAUGUGCAAAGGAUGCAACUUGAUUCGGUGUAAUCAAGAAAUUUCCAAAAAUCAAGUUAGGCUAAGACGCCAAAAAGACAUGGAAGCUGAGCUGUUGCCAGUAGCAACAAGCACAAUGGAGCCAUCAUCGCAGGAUGCAGAUCCAGUAAAGCGUAUCCCAAUGUGUUUCAAGUGCUGGGUACAUGACAGUGUCAGAGUACGCCUCAAAGGCCAUCGCAAUGUUUGCCCAUAUGCUCGGUGUGGGUGUGCAAACUGCAGUUUAAACAGUGACCGCAAGCGCUUUAGCCGUGAGCUGAGGGAGUUGGUGUCAAAUGAUUCGGACAAGAUUAAACAGCAGAGAAAAAGUAACACAGUGAUACUUCCUCAUCUGGACAACCCCUUGAACAACUUCUGCAAUGGCAAGCAGUGUGUAUGGCACAAUACUACAGCACCAUCAUACAACGCAACCACCAGCUUAAGACAAAUUGGAGCUAUGGCCUCAACUCCACAUGCACUAUCUUUCACCAUGCAGGCCCCUGUGAAUCUCUCUCAGGGAGUACAUCAGCAAGAAGUACCGAAAUGGGCAAAUUCAGAGAUGAUGCCGUCUGCCUCAACAUAUACAUUUUCUGCCAUUGCCAGAACAGGGAACGGUAGUAUGCUCAACAGCAACAUCCAGCAUGGCUAUGCUAGCAGUAGUAGCACUAACAAUGGAGGCGUUGGCUUUGAAGGAUUAAGCUCUUGUCAAAUUCCAGGAUGGUUUCAGGUCCCAAACUCUGUGAAGCCAGUAUCUUUGCAAACCAGUUUGGACAUGCCCUUUCUGAGCCCAGUCACUCUGGACAUUGUCAGAGACAGCCGAAAUAACACUCGAAGUGCCGGAAGUUUCCAGCAUUAUUCAACAUUGCAGGGCCAGCCCCAGAUUCAGACUCAAGUGAAAGACAGAGUGCAGAAUGAACAGUAUGUGCUGCUGAGCAAAGCUGCUGACGAAGAGACAUCAGGGCUAAGUGACUUAUGCUACAGGUCUGUUGCAUCAUCUCUCAUGCAUUCCGUCAACAGUGAUAUUGCUGUCAGAGCAACUUCUGUUACUGGUCUGCCAACCUCCUUACUCUGAGCAGAGGGCAUAAUGAGAAAAAGGCAUGAAAUAUGAUACUUUGGUGAAAGUUUAAACAUUCGAAUAUUACCCCUCCACCCUCUUUUUUUGCUAGCAUUUCUCCCAUCAUUUCUUACCUGGGAACAAUUUUUUGCAGGUAUUUAAUACCUCUGGCAAAGCUAUUCAUUUUUAAAUGUAGUUUUAAAGUUAACAGAUUUCUCUCUACCUUGGGCAAGCUGAAAAAAAAUUAUGACUUCUUAUCCCGUCGUUUACAUUGGUAAUAAUUGACAUGCUUGCUCUCUCUCUCUAUUUUUCAUUUCUGUCUUCACUCACCCACCAUCUCAUGUCUAAUAGAUAUGAAGGAAACUAACUUGUCCAUAAAAGUGAAUGAUAUUAAAGAUUCUUACUCUGAAAAGGAAUAUUGUCAAAAAAUCUCUGCAAAUUGUACGGAUUAGUGUUCUUAAAACUAAAAGGAACAGAUAACAGAUCUAGAAAGGUAACAAAAACAGCAAAUAAUUCAUUUAAAACAAGGACGGAAAGAAUUGUGUGUAGACAGAUUUUUAUGGUUUGGUCAUAUAUAGUCCAAUCAAGAUGUCAAUUAAGGAAUGUGUGUGCUUUGUGCCUUAAGAUGUUGAUCUUCCUGUGCAGGCUUUACUUUUCUCAUGUUUCUCAUGUGCAUUUAAAACAUUUCUAUGACAACAGAUUUUUUUAAAUGAACUUUGGGACACUGUCAGUCUACAAGCUUAUCUGCUUUAUUAGAAAAUAGAGUCUCUUUUAAAGGACUCCUGUGCAUGUGCACCGUAUGGCAAUUUUUUUUUAAACACAGGGGACUGGUGUUAAGGACAGUAAAGUAGCAGUCGCUACUAAAAUAACAUGUAGCCAGUGCUAUCCAAUAACAAUAAAUAGUAAAUCAACAUUUAGCCAGUCCUAUUCAAUAGCAAUGCUUUGUAAGACUGUAGUUUAUUGAUGUGUCUCAAUCUAUAACAGAAAAGUGGGAAAAGCGAAAUUUUCUUCUUUUUCUUUUUUUUUUUUUUUUUUUUUUUUUUGUGCUCCUCAAAUUUUGUCUGCAGUAAAAGUUAUUUCAAGCACACUUAUCAUUAAAGAAGAUACUAGACUUUAUUGACUCCAUGUGCUGUUUUAAGAUUUUUUAUUUGGAGCAGGAAAACAAGAACAUUUGGUUUUGUUCAUAGUUUUGGCAACUAAAAGUGUUCACUGUAAAUAUUUUUCUAAUAGCAAGUCUCUUUAAUUUAAUGAGUUUUUGUCUGCUUGGCAUCAACUAGCUGUUUGCUAGCAAUUUAUGUUACUGUUUUAUUAUUAAAAUACUGAAAACAUGAUAAAACAUGUUUCUCUUGUAAAUAUCCUUUAACAGUUGACAGGAUACAAAAUUACAGAGUAUGCUGUUUCUAUGGUAUUUUUCUUGCAUGAUGUUUAUUGAUUACUGAACAAAUGUAAAACAGCGAAUAGCAUUCACUCUGUCUCUUAUUUUUUUUUAAAAAUGUUUUCACCCAUUUUUCUGAGAUUUCCCAACAAUAGGUGUUUGAUGCAAAAUAGAUAUAUUUUUCAUUUCCUAAAAUUUGUUCAUUGAAUUAAAUUUUAUAAAAUGUGUUCGCAGAUUCACUUUGGAUCAAAUGAAACUCAUUUUACAAAGUUUGUAGCUCUUUGGAGAGAUUUAGUCUUGAGACUUGAAUCAUUGUAAAGCUUUUCUGUCUGCUGGCACUUUGAUCAGUCUCAUAUUUACCACAUAUGCUUUCAACUUUCUAUGAAGAUAUUUAACAUUUUUCUACUUAGAGCUUGCUUUUAAUGUCAUUUUUAUAGUAUUUUCACUGUAAAUAGUUCAUCUGGCAAACAAAGAUGUUUCAAUUAUUGGUGCACCACGACUGAUUAUAAACUUGCUCACCUGCAUUUAGCAGUUAGCCUGCACUGUUGAAAGUGUUGAGCUAAUAAGAUGAUCGCCUAGGUCUUGUUCGAAAGUUAGGUACAUGUAAUCCAAGAAGUCGUCAAGAACUAGUCUGACAGUAUCCGCAGAUACAUUAAUUUGAUUCCUGCCCAGGAAACGACGACCAUCCAAAUUAUCGUCCAAAUUCAUUAUCAGUUUUUGGCUGUGGACAAAGAUUUCAUACCCUCAUCCUUACUUCACUUUAACCACUGCAUUCUAGAAAACUUCAGUCAACGUUGGAUCAUUGCAGAUGACUUGUACUUUGACUUUCUGCUUCAUUCGCUGUGUCAAACUAUGCGCAGCCGACAGUUGGAAAUCCACUCAAGCUUAAUGCACAAAUUAAUGAAAAUUACAUGAACAGACCUGGCUACAUAAAAGAUUGGAUACAGUUACUUUGUGGAGACGCCAUUGCUAAUGACUAAUGACUAAUUAGCAAUGUGUGUUGUUGUAAUCAAAAACAACAGGAAGCUGAACACGGUUCCUCUUGUUUAAAAAAUACAUAUAAGUUUAGGAGAACAAUUAAUCAACGCCUUAGGAAACCGCAAAUUCAGGUUUUAUGAAAUGGUUGGUUGGGUUUUAGAAGAAAAUGAACUCAGCCGGUUUCUAAAUGUCAGUAACAAAUCAAGUUAUUGAAAUGUUUGUGCCAAAUCGAAUUCUAUCGGAAAAGUGUUUAUUUUUUUCAUUAGUUGAUAUUUCAUUCCAGCUUAUCAAGUUACUUGUUGUUUUGCUGUUUCACGUUUGUAUGAAAUUUAACAAAUGCUGUUUACAUUUCAAAGACCACGUUUUUUAUGAGCAUUUAAUAUAGU